AUGUCUGCCCCGGACUUUCAGCACUCGCAUCACAUUCAUCAACUGAGCCCCACAUUCUUUCUUCCCCGAGCUGCGAGUAUCGAGCCAAAUGCGGUCGCCUGUGUUCACCGGACUGCCAAUGGCAAGAUGUUGAGGAGGUCCUACCAGACCACAGCAGAUAGAGCACGAGGAUUGGCAUAUUACCUGAAAAAACAUGGUUUUAAGCGGGUUGGCAUACUCUGCACAAAUACUCCAGCAUUCCUUGAAUCGAUAUACGGAAUUGGUGCGGCCUCCGCAGUUAACGUUGCAAUCAACUACCGGCUCAAGAAAGACGACAUUACAUACAUUUUCGAUCACGCGGAUGUGGACAUGAUAAUCGUCGACGCAGAGUUCCGCCAGCUUCUCGACGAUUUCAACCAGAAGCACACAAACGUGCCGCUCAUCGUUGAUACUGACACCGAUGAAGAUACUGGUCCAUACGAUCAAGCAGUUCUCGAAGGAUUACAACAUGACGAUCGCACAGGUGGACAUGGCUGGGCUGGCCUUGAGACGCAGGUGCCAAAUGAAGACAGCAUGCUUGCACUUUCAUACACUUCCGGCACGACUGCACGGCCGAAAGGCGUGGAAUACACUCACAGAUCUGCUUAUCUGGCGGCGUUGGGCAAUGUAAUCGAAAGCGGGUUGAACACCAGCCACGGCCUAGCAAAGCGAUGCCACUACCUCUGGACCCUUCCAAUGUUCCAUGCGAUGGGAUGGACAUUUCCUUGGGCCGUGACCGCUGUACGAGGCACUCAUUACUGUCUCCGAAAAAUCGAUUACCCUUACAUCUGGAAGCUGCUCAAGGAGGAGCAAAUCAGCCAUUUCAACGCCGCGCCGACAGUCAAUACUUUACUUCUUGCGGAUCCCAACGCAGAGAAGCUGCAGUAUCCCGUCCGUGUCACGGUUGCGGCAAGUCCUCCAACGGCUCACCUAUUUCAACGAAUGGAGGAGCACAAUCUCCGACCGGUGCACGUUUACGGUAUGACAGAAACAUAUGGCCCGAUCACCAAAGGCUAUCAGCUGCCAGAAUGGGAUGAUUUGGAGAGCAAAGAGAAAUAUGGCAAAAUGGCUCGCCAAGGACACGGUUUCAUCACCUCUCUUCCAGUUCGUGUGAUCAAGACCAACCAGGACGAGAGCGGCAAGUGGGAUGCCAAUGAGGUAAUCGAGGAUGUGGCCAAAGACGGCAAAGAGAUCGGCGAGAUAGUAUUCAUUGGCAACAUCUGCGCCAAAGGUUACUACAAAGAUGUUGCAGCGACCAAGAAGCUUUUCGCAGGAGGUGUGCUGCACUCUGGCGAUCUUGCAGUGUGGCAUGCAGACGGAGCGAUCCAGAUUCUCGAUCGCGCGAAAGACAUCAUAAUCUCUGGCGGCGAGAACAUCAGCUCUGUCGCUCUCGAGUCUAUGCUCGUGACGCACCCGGACGUGUUGGAGGCGGCGUGUGUAGCGGUUCAGGAUAAGCAGUGGGGUGAGAGACCCAAGGCUUUCUUGACUGUGAAGGAGGGGAAGAAGGGGAGCAUUUCGGGUGAUGACAUAAUGCAGUGGGCAAAGAAGCAGAGUCGCAUUUCGAGGUUCAUGGUGCCGAAGGAGAUUGAAAUCAUUGAUGAACUGCCCAAGACCAGCACUGGAAAAGUGCGGAAAAAUAUACUCCGAGACUGGGCUCAGGGUGCGAAGAGAGAGGCAAGUUAG